UUUGACGUAACUCCACUGACCUUGUGAAGCAAGAAAUAACUUCCGGCGAUUUUAAACCAAAAUCAAUUUUCAAUCAAAACAACUCAGUUAUGAUUCAGCUAUGCAAAAAAAUAAACAAUAUUUCAGAAUAGAUAUAUUAUAGUCAGUUGACAAGAUAAGUUUUGACGUGCAGGUGGUGCAAGUACAGUGUAAUGUGCACUCUUUUGUAAGUGUUUUGUUCUUCGUGCCCUCGCUGUGUCACAUUUUCUGCACUUAAAGUAAAUGGAUAUACAUACUACGUGUCGAGAAGAAAAAGAGAAAAGAAAGAAUACCAAAAACGAGUAAAAAAGACAUGUAAAAACGAACUACUUUCUUGCACUCAAAGCAAUAUGUAAAAAGAGUAUUUAUGAAAUCUUCCUACUAAAACUUCAGUCUUCUCUGGUUUUCUUGAGUUUCUCGCCAAAAGUAAAAAUCAUCUAAUGUUCUAUUCGUGUUUAUUACUGUAAAAACAAUAUUGAACAUGGAAAAGUUUCAGAACCUCGACUGGUAUCCUCCAUUGGAAGAUUUGAUAGACAAUGUAUUCAUCAGGGAUGAGAGAAUGGAACGCGAGAGUGCAAUGUACAAAAUUUUGACUGGUAACUUUACGGAUCCACUUGAAGAUAUCGACAACGAGUAUGCUAAUGUUAAUUUAGAACUGGUUAAAAAAUAUCUCCGUGAGGAUGGCGAGGUUUUAACCGAUUCAGAAGAUGAUAAUCAGUUAGAAGUCAACCAGCAAGAAACCAAGAAUGAGGGUAACUCUCAUAUGCAAGAACAAGAGAGAUCUUAUGUACCUGGCAUAAGAAAAUUAUCAUUUGGUUUUCCUAGAAAGUCUUCUUUAGACAAAGCUCAGCAAGCUAUGUGCCUUCGUGUUUUAUUAAGAUUGUCUGACAAUGAAAAAAAGAGCAUGUCCGAUGAAGAGAGAAAAGAGUUUGAGCAAUACAUGGCAUUCCAAAAGAUAAUAUCUGAAGAACAGAAGGACUUUCUAGAUUUUGCAAAGAGUCAAUGGGAUGAUACUUUCAACUGGAAAAUCAAAUGUAAUAAAUUUGUGAUAACAAAAUGGAACACAAAAAUGCAAAGAUUUAAAAAAUUACCGAGAUAUUAUGUUGAAUCUAUAAGCGUACCACUUUCUGUACAAAGAACUAAUUUAAAAAAUCAAGAUAUUAAAGUAAAGAUUUCGUCUUGUUUGCAACAGGGAUCCUUUCCAAAGGUGGUAUUGCCGAAACUUGAUCAGCAACAUCUAUUGUUCAUGAAUAGUGCAUCAUUGCUAACAAAAUAUCCUCCGUGCAUUGAACCUGACAAAGUGACGCAACAUUUCAAAUUACCCGUGAGCGAGGAUACAUAUUGCGAGAAUCUUGCAAUGGAAACUGGAGCAGAUAUUGUUAUUUCAUCCAGUGGUCUCAAGUGUCUACUGAGCAACAUAGAUCCGGAUCAUUCUGACUCAUGGCUUGUACCAGUAGUUGUGAAAUCGCAUUGUGGAAAGAAUAUUAUUUACAUUGAUAAAAGAUUGCCACCUACCAUUGCCACCAUACCACAAAAGAAUUCUUGGAUAUAUAAAUAUAUCCUUAGAUACUAUUUUGUUAAAAGUAAAUCAUCAAAAAAAACAAAACAUACUAUAGAAGAUAAACUCGAGAAGGCUGCAAAUCAUUCAGACUCGGAUAGUAAUGAUAAUUUAUCUAAUUAUCUUAAAAUCUUUGAUAAAGAUUUGUGUUUAUCAGAUACAGAUGAUCUAGCAAGUGACAAAACUGAUUCUAAAAUAAAUAAAAAAAAUGUUUCAUAUAAUCUUUUCGAAAUAGGACAAAUGGAUCUUCCAGAACAUGAACGAAUAAAACAUGGAGUAAAGGUCUAUCAAAUGUUGGUUCGUACAAAAACGGAUGGCGUUGAGAUAUUAUCAAACAAUAAACGUCAGUCUUUAAUAUUAUCACCAAAGAUGGAGCAUCAGCUAGAAUUAGGAGCUGAAGCUGUAACAUUAGAGGAAGGCUUGCAUCAGUGGGCAUCAUUAAAAUUUAGACCAAACACAUUAUUAGCUAGAGUCAGGAUAGAAACUAGUACUUCAGAAAUAAUACAAAUAGAAAAACAUACAACAGUAUCAUUGAGCAAUGAGAUAAAACGACUUUAUAAUGUUAAGGUAGAAGAUUCUCUAAAUAUUUUGUAUAAUAUAAUCGAAGGAUUGUCAUCCUUAACUCCUGGCCGAUAUAUUAUGAGGCAUGUCCCACAAAAUGGACCGUUUGCUUAUAUUUAUGAAAAUACAAUCGAACAUAGGAAAAAUGCCUUUGAUUUACAUUGGGCUUGCCAGAACGAGUUUCAAACAAUAUCUAAAACACCAUGGCCACCUAUAGACAAUAUGAUGUCAACACCAUCACUUAGAUGUUUUCAAAGAAUGCCUGCGAUGUUUUUUCCAAUUUUGUAUCAAAAACAAUUCAAACUUAAGGCCGGCUCAAGCCGGCCUAGAGGACGUCCAAGAAAAAACGCUAGUGGUAUUAACGAUCAAGUUCCUGUAUCUCCCCGGAGAAGUGAUCGGCUAAGAAAAACGAAUACAACGUAAAGGACAAAACGCAGCAUAAUUUUCUAAAGAUUUCUAUUUUAAAAAAGAGAAUUGUUUUUAAAAUGGCUGUUUAUUUUAUAUACAAUGGAACCCUUAUAUUUUUUAUUCUCACUAACUAUUUCUCCUUUUAUACUCUCUCUCAUUUUAUUACAUUUAUAUUUAAACAUGUCUAAAUUGAAAAUAUAUGCAUAAUUAACUUAAAAUAAUGACAUUUUCUUUCUACAUAUGUGGUUAAGUGUAAAAUAAUGGGAAAACAAUGUAGAAGGAAAAUGAUCAUAAAAGUAAAGCAAAAAAAAUAUAUUUAAUUGUGUGCAAUUGAUAUACAUACAAAGUAUAGCUUUAAUUUGAUGUAUAUACGAAAUACUAUUGAAUACAAUGUUAUGGACAUGUUAAAUCUAAAUGUUCAUGUAUUCGUGAAUUUUCUUCUGUGGUUAUAUUAUCUUUUUUUACUCAUUUUAACUGCAUAAGUAGAAUAAUCAUAUCUAUUUUUCAUUUGUCUUUUUAUCAUAUGCGUAGUUAUAUGGCAAAUGCGAAUAGCGAAAGAGAAAUGCAGAGAAAGUUUUCUUGAUAUUAAUCUGUUUAUAGAUAGACAUAUUUGUUUAUAUAUAGAUAUUUAACAUGUAUUUAUAAUUUAUUGUGUACAGAAUAAUU